AUGAUCGCCGUCGAUCUCGCUCGUACUCGCGCGUCGGGUAGUCUGGGCGAUGAGUGAAGCUGACGUGAAGUAGCAAUUUCUUUCCCCAGUCCUUCUCACCGGAGCCUCAGGUACGUCACAAUCUCCCGACCCGGCCCAGUGAUCCCAAACUGAUCGCUUCCCCACCCAUCCGUCCUGCAGGUUUCCUCGCCGCGCACGUCGGCCAACAAUUGCUCCAGCGCGGAUUCCGAGUCCGAGGAACGGUCCGUUCCCAGGCCAAGGGCGAGUAUCUCAAGAAGUUGUACGAGAAGGAUGGCAAGGCGGAUCGGUUCGACUUUGUGAUUGUUGAGGAUGUUGAGCAGGUACGCUUCGCCUACAAGGCAUGGGGUUGCUGAACGGGGAAUAAAGUACUGACGAUGCAGAUUCUGGCUUGGAUGUGGGUGUAACAGGAAGGUGCUUUCGAUGAAGCUGUCAAGGGCGUCGAUGCAGUCGCAUACACGGCCAGUCCGUUCCACUUCAACGUCACCGACCCCCAAAAGGACUUGAUCAACCCUGCCGUCCAGUCAGUACAUAAGCCCAGGCUGGAGCAAUGCCGCUUCAAGAGAACGACGGAGUCUGACUCGUUUGCUCGUGGGCUCUACCAGGGGAACCUUGAACCUCGUGCGUUCGGCUCUGCUCGAACCCAAGAUCAAGCGCGUCGUCAUCACCUCAUCCUUCGCGGCCGUGACCAACCCUUACGAUCCUGUUUACACAUUCACGGAGGAAGACUGGAACGAGUUCUCACCCAAGGAGUUGGAGAAGAAGGGCAAGGACUGUGACCCAUUCCGUGAGUUUGGAUGAGGCAGAGUUUUCGACAGGAAGAAAGGAGCUGAGCGCUAAUGCUGCGGUGUACGAUGUGUAUAUAUAGACUCGUACCGUGCUUCCAAGACUUUGGCCGAGAAAGCGGCUUGGGACUUCCUCAAGGAGAACACCAAGGACGGCAAAGCGCCUUUCGACAUUGCGACGAUCAACCCUCGUGAGUCGAACGUAGCGACACAGAAAGGCAGCCCAGUUGCGAACAGCCGGACUGAUCCUUUUGUAUUUUACUUCUUUUUUUUUGCUCUCAAGCUUUGAUCUUUGGUCCCGUGAUCCAUGAGAUCCAUUCGGCAAAAUCGCUCAACACCUCCGUCGGAGUCUUCUACUCCUACCUCCUCGGUGACAAGACGAGCGAGGACGCGACCAAGCCCGCUGGACUCUUGGUCGAUGUUCGUGAUGUAGCUUUGGCGCAUGUCCUCGCUUUGGAGAAGGAAGAAGCCGGAAACAAGAGGUUCCUGGUCUCCAAGAAGGAAUUCGUGUACCAAGAUAUCUUGGACCUGCUCGAAGGUUCGGAACAGGGGAAGAAAUUGUUGAGCGAGUUCCCCAAAGCGACUAAGAGUGGAAAGGGGGAUGUCAAGGGGGUGAAGCAGAAUUUGAUCGAUACGACGAGGAUGGAGACGGUGUUGGGAUUGAAGGCGAGGAGUGUGGAGGAGACGGUCUUGGACAUGACGAGGAGCUUGGCGGAGAGGCAGAAGGAGUGGUGA